AUGCCACUGAUUUUGAGCUUGAUGACCAGUCUGGCAAUGAGUACCGCUGUUAUAGUCGUGUGCCUCCCUGGCCUUCGAAGGUUUAUCAUGCGAUCGAAAUCGUCUACAAAUCGCUCCUCUUCGAACCAACCCAGCGGCUAUGGCGUUCACACCAAGAUCACCGGAAGAGGUCAGAAUGCCGAGACCCCUGCAUCGCAGUACGCUAAAUGGGGCGUGAGAGAUGAUGAGAUCGAGCUGGUAACUCACAUUCGCGUUUCCCAUGAACGACUAAGUCCGGAUGAUACUCGCAGCGCGAGCGGAAAGAGUGCAACGAGCCAGACUUUCAAGAUAUAG